CAAAACUAUUCAGAUCAAUAUAAUUGAUGAUGAAGAAUAUGAGAAAAACAAGAACUUCUUCCUAGAGAUGGGAGAGCCUCAGCUGCUGGAGAUGAGUGAGAGCUCUCUCUGUCUCUCAGAUGAGGGGGGUGAGGAGGUUUUGACCAAAAGGGAGGAGGAGGAGAGGAGGAUAGCAGAGAUGGGUCGGCCAAUGCUGGGAGAGCACAUCAAAAUGGAGGUGGUCAUAGAGGAGUCGUACGAGUUCAAGAGCACCGUGGAUAAACUCCUUAAGAAGACCAACCUGGCCCUGGUGAUCGGGACUAACAGCUGGAGAGAGCAGUUUGUGGAGGCCAUCACAGUCAGCUCUGGUGAUGAUGACGAUGAUGAAUGUGGCGAGGAGAAGCUGCCCUCCUGUUUUGACUACGUCAUGCACUUCCUCACCGUCUUCUGGAAGCUUCUGUUUGCCUUAGUUCCUCCCACAGACUAUUUGAACGGCUGGGCCUGCUUCGUCGUGUCCAUCUCCGUCAUCGGAAUUCUGACGGCAUUCAUCGGUGACCUGGCGUCGCAUUUCGGCUGCACCGUCGGCCUAAAAGACUCCGUCACCGCUGUGGUGUUCGUAGCUUUGGGCACAUCUGUACCAGACACCUUUGCCAGUAAGGUGGCAGCUAUCCAGGACCAAUACGCCGACGCCUCAAUCGGCAACGUGACAGGAAGUAACGCUGUCAAUGUCUUCCUGGGUAUUGGCGUGGCCUGGUCCAUCGCUGCUGUCUACCACUACUCCAAGGGCCAGGAGUUCAAGGUUGACCCGGGCACGCUCGCUUUCUCCGUCACACUCUUCACCAUCUUUGCCUUCAUCUGCAUCGGCGUCCUCAUCUACCGCCGCCGGCCCGAGAUCGGCGGGGAGCUCGGUGGACCCAGAAUCCCCAAGAUCCUUACCACCUGCCUGUUCUUCAGCCUGUGGUUAUUGUACAUUGUCUUCUCCUCGUUAGAGGCCUACUGCCACGUAAAAGGAUUCUGA